UCCGGUCCCACAUAAAUAAAUAGCUUCAGAAGGAUGUGGGAGAAGAGAGAUGUUGCUGCCAGUGGAAAAAGAACAAUGUUGAGGCAACUCUCCCCUGUUUAUCUUCCAGUCUGGGGAUUACAGGCACGUUCCCUCUGGAUUUCUUGCCCACUGAAGGAUGCUCUGUUCUGACGGCGCUCACAUCGAGGACUACCGGACUUUUCUCACUGUUUCUUUUCUCACCUACUCGCCAGAGAGCCGCUGAUCUCGCCAGUCAGAGGAGCCCAUGGAGUCCGUCCCCGUGGUAGACGGUCCACUCCACAUUUGUGCGCGGCAAUAGAUAUAAGAAACAUCGGCAGCCGAUCAACUCCAUGGUUUUCUGACUUUAUCAAGGCUGUGAUUUUUGGCAUCUGAUAAAGAGAUGACCCAGGAACAGUGCCCUCAUAGGAACAAUGUCCAGAGUACUGAAAAACCGCAACUGUAUAAAGUGGGGAUCUACGGCUGGCGGAAACGUUGCCUUUACUUCUUUGUCCUCCUCCUCAUGAUCCUCAUCGUGGUCAACCUCGCUCUCACCAUCUGGAUCCUCAAAGUUAUGAACUUCACUAUAGAUGGCAUGGGUCACCUGCGUAUCACAGAAAGAGGCCUGAAACUGGAGGGCGAUUCGGAGUUCCUUCAGCCGCUGUAUGCCAAAGAAAUCCAGUCCAGACCAGGAAGCCCAUUGUUCCUGCAGUCUUCUAAGAACGUGUCUGUCAACAUCCUCAACGAGAAGAAGCAAUUAGUAUCUCAACUCGUUGCAGGUGCUCAUGGAGUUCAUGCACGGGGCAAAAUGCUGGAGGUAAAAUCAAGUGCAGGAAAACUGCUCUUCUCUGCGGACGACCAUGAGGUGGUAGUUGGUGCAGAGAGAUUACGAGUUAUGGGAGCGGAGGGCGCAGUGUUCAGUAACUCGGUGGAGACCCCGCACGUGAGGGCCGAGCCCUUCAAAGAGUUACGGCUGGAGUCUCCCACACGUUCGCUUUACAUGGAGGCGCCUAAAGGAGUGAAGAUAGAAGCCGACGCAGGGGAUUUCCAGGCGACCUGUAGGAGCGAUUUACGCCUGGAGUCGAAAGAUGGAGAGAUCACCUUGGAUGCCAGGAAAAUCAAGCUCUUACGUCUGCCGGAGGGAAAAGCCCCGUCCCCGUCUGGAACUAGACAGACUGUGUUUGAGGUGUGUGUCUGUCCCAACGGAAAACUCUUCUUAUCACAAGCAGGAACUGGAUCCACUUGCCAGAUCAGCAGCAACUUAUGCCUCUAGAUACACACAAACUCACUUCCACACACACACUACAUUACACUCACACAUACAGAGGACCCGUUCCUCUUAAAGAAUCCAACGCUGGACAAGAACCGAAAAGGAUUUCCUCAAGAUUCGUGUAAAACAAUGUUUGAACCAGAAACUUUCAAGGUGAUCACCAGAAAACCAUUCGACACAUCGUUAAAGUCGCGCAUACCUUCGCUUUUUCUCAUUAGCGUCCUCGUUUUCAAUCAGAAUCAAUAUGUUUUUGCUGAGGAAAGUACAGUGGGUGCUUUAUCUUGCAUACGCCGCAUUAAAUACGAGAGGUCAAAGCUAUUUGUAACAUCUCAUUUUGUAUUAUUACUCAAGUCCUACAUUGAUGGUGAUCACCUGAACCAAAACUGUGCUUGCACCGGGAUCGAACCCAUGCACCCACUCUGUUCAAAAAGGAGAACAGCGCCUGUGCCUUAAUACAAUGCACUCGUGGCAAGAAGCACACCCCCACUGACUUUGAUUUAGACAAGGAGACAUGCAUUUAAGUUACUUGACUUUUACUCCCACAGAUCAACUU